GGUGAAUUAGUUACCACUUCUACCACCUACCCAGUCACUUCUUCUGGUGUUCCAGCUCCAGUCACCACCACUAUCACUUCUGGCAGCCACACUGAAACCGAUGUCAUCUCUUACUACACCACUACCGACUCCGAAGGUGAAUUAGUUACCACUUCUACCACCUACCCAGUCACUUCUUCUGGUGUUCCAGCUCCAGUCACCACCACUAUUACUUCUGGCAGCCACACUGAAACCGAUGUCAUCUCUUACUACACCACUACCGACUCCGAAGGUGAAUUAGUUACCACUUCUACCACCUACCCAGUCACUUCUUCUGGUGUUCCAGCUCCAGUCACCACCACUAUCACUUCUGGCAGCCACACUGAAACCGAUGUCAUCUCUUACUACACCACUACCGACUCUGAAGGUGAAUUAGUUACCACUUCUACCACCUACCCAGUCACUUCUUCUGGUGUUCCAGCUCCAGUCACCACCACUAUCACUUCUGGCAGCCACACUGAAACCGAUGUCAUCUCUUACUACACCACUACCGACUCUGAAGGUGAAUUAGUUACCACUUCUACCACCUACCCAGUCACUUCUUCUGGUGUUCCAGCUCCAGUCACCACCACUAUCACUUCUGGUAGCCACACUGAAACCGAUGUCAUCUCUUACUACACCACUACCGACUCUGAAGGUGAAUUAGUUACCACUUCUACCACCUACCCAGUCACUUCUUCUGGUGUUCCAGCUCCAGUCACCACCACUAUCACUUCUGGUAGCCACACUGAAACCGAUGUCAUCUCUUACUACACCACUACCGACUCUGAAGGUGAAUUAGUUACCACUUCUACCACCUACCCAGUCACUUCUUCUGGUGUUCCAGCUCCAGUCACCACCACUAUCACUUCUGGCAGCCACACUGAAACCGAUGUCAUCUCUUACUACACCACUACCGACUCUGAAGGUGAAUUAGUUACCACUUCUACCACCUACCCAGUCACUUCUUCUGGUGUUCCAGCUCCAGUCACCACCACUAUCACUUCUGGCAGCCACACUGAAACCGAUGUCAUCUCUUACUACACCACUACCGACUCUGAAGGUGAAUUAGUUACCACUUCUACCACCUACCCAGUCACUUCUUCUGGUGUUCCAGCUCCAGUCACCACCACUAUCACUUCUGGCAGCCACACUGAAACCGAUGUCAUCUCUUACUACACCACUACCGACUCUGAAGGUGAAUUAGUUACCACUUCUACCACCUACCCAGUCACUUCUUCUGGUGUUCCAGCUCCAGUCACCACCACUAUCACUUCUGGCAGCCACACUGAAACCGAUGUCAUCUCUUACUACACCACUACCGACUCUGAAGGUGAAUUAGUUACCACUUCUACCACCUACCCAGUCACUUCUUCUGGUGUUCCAGCUCCAGUCACCACCACUAUCACUUCUGGUAGCCACACUGAAACCGAUGUCAUCUCUUACUACACCACUACCGACUCCGAAGGUGAAUUAGUUACCACUUCUACCACCUACCCAGUCACUUCUUCUGGUGUUCCAGCUCCAGUCACCACCACUAUCACUUCUGGCAGCCACACUGAAACCGAUGUCAUCUCUUACUACACCACUACCGACUCUGAAGGUGAAUUAGUUACCACUUCUACCACCUACCCAGUCACUUCUUCUGGUGUUCCAGCUCCAGUCACCACCACUAUCACUUCUGGUAGCCACACUGAAACCGAUGUCAUCUCUUACUACACCACUACCGACUCCGAAGGUGAAUUAGUUACCACUUCUACCACCUACCCAGUCACUUCUUCUGGUGUUCCAGCUCCAGUCACCACCACUAUCACUUCUGGCAGCCACACUGAAACCGAUGUCAUCUCUUACUACACCACUACCGACUCCGAAGGUGAAUUAGUUACCACUUCUACCACCUACCCAGUCACUUCUUCUGGUGUUCCAGCUCCAGUCACCACCACUAUCACUUCUGGCAGCCACACUGAAACCGAUGUCAUCUCUUACUACACCACUACCGACUCCGAAGGUGAAUUAGUUACCACUUCUACCACCUACCCAGUCACUUCUUCUGGUGUUCCAGCUCCAGUCACCACCACUAUUACUUCUGGCAGCCACACUGAAACCGAUGUCAUCUCUUACUACACCACUACCGACUCUGAAGGUGAAUUAGUUACCACUUCUACCACCUACCCAGUCACUUCUUCUGGUGUUCCAGCUCCAGUCACCACCACUAUCACUUCUGGCAGCCACACUGAAACCGAUGUCAUCUCUUACUACACCACUACCGACUCUGAAGGUGAAUUAGUUACCACUUCUACCACCUACCCAGUCACUUCUUCUGGUGUUCCAGCUCCAGUCACCACCACUAUCACUUCUGGCAGCCACACUGAAACCGAUGUCAUCUCUUACUACACCACUACCGACUCUGAAGGUGAAUUAGUUACCACUUCUACCACCUACCCAGUCACUUCUUCUGGUGUUCCAGCUCCAGUCACCACCACUAUCACUUCUGGUAGCCACACUGAAACCGAUGUCAUCUCUUACUACACCACUACCGACUCUGAAGGUGAAUUAGUUACCACUUCUACCACCUACCCAGUCACUUCUUCUGGUGUUCCAGCUCCAGUCACCACCACUAUCACUUCUGGCAGCCACACUGAAACCGAUGUCAUCUCUUACUACACCACUACCGACUCCGAAGGUGAAUUAGUUACCACUUCUACCACCUACCCAGUCACUUCUUCUGGUGUUCCAGCUCCAGUCACCACCACUAUUACUUCUGGCAGCCACACUGAAACCGAUGUCAUCUCUUACUACACCACUACCGACUCUGAAGGUGAAUUAGUUACCACUUCUACCACCUACCCAGUCACUUCUUCUGGUGUUCCAGCUCCAGUCACCACCACUAUCACUUCUGGCAGCCACACUGAAACCGAUGUCAUCUCUUACUACACCACUACCGACUCUGAAGGUGAAUUAGUUACCACUUCUACCACCUACCCAGUCACUUCUUCUGGUGUUCCAGCUCCAGUCACCACCACUAUCACUUCUGGUAGCCACACUGAAACCGAUGUCAUCUCUUACUACACCACUACCGACUCUGAAGGUGAAUUAGUUACCACUUCUACCACCUACCCAGUCACUUCUUCUGGUGUUCCAGCUCCAGUCACCACCACUAUCACUUCUGGCAGCCACACUGAAACCGAUGUCAUCUCUUACUACACCACUACCGACUCUGAAGGUGAAUUAGUUACCACUUCUACCACCUACCCAGUCACUUCUUCUGGUGUUCCAGCUCCAGUCACCACCACUAUCACUUCUGGCAGCCACACUGAAACCGAUGUCAUCUCUUACUACACCACUACCGACUCUGAAGGUGAAUUAGUUACCACUUCUACCACCUACCCAGUCACUUCUUCUGGUGUUCCAGCUCCAGUCACCACCACUAUCACUUCUGGCAGCCACACUGAAACCGAUGUCAUCUCUUACUACACCACUACCGACUCUGAAGGUGAAUUAGUUACCACUUCUACCACCUACCCAGUCACUUCUUCUGGUGUUCCAGCUCCAGUCACCACCACUAUCACUUCUGGUAGCCACACUGAAACCGAUGUCAUCUCUUACUACACCACUACCGACUCCGAAGGUGAAUUAGUUACCACUUCUACCACCUACCCAGUCACUUCUUCUGGUGUUCCAGCUCCAGUCACCACCACUAUCACUUCUGGUAGCCACACUGAAACCGAUGUCAUCUCUUACUACACCACUACCGACUCUGAAGGUGAAUUAGUUACCACUUCUACCACCUACCCAGUCACUUCUUCUGGUGUUCCAGCUCCAGUCACCACCACUAUCACUUCUGGCAGCCACACUGAAACCGAUGUCAUCUCUUACUACACCACUACCGACUCUGAAGGUGAAUUAGUUACCACUUCUACCACCUACCCAGUCACUUCUUCUGGUGUUCCAGCUCCAGUCACCACCACUAUCACUUCUGGCAGCCACACUGAAACCGAUGUCAUCUCUUACUACACCACUACCGACUCUGAAGGUGAAUUAGUUACCACUUCUACCACCUACCCAGUCACUUCUUCUGGUGUUCCAGCUCCAGUCACCACCACUAUCACUUCUGGCAGCCACACUGAAACCGAUGUCAUCUCUUACUACACCACUACCGACUCUGAAGGUGAAUUAGUUACCACUUCUACCACCUACCCAGUCACUUCUUCUGGUGUUCCAGCUCCAGUCACCACCACUAUCACUUCUGGUAGCCACACUGAAACCGAUGUCAUCUCUUACUACACCACUACCGACUCUGAAGGUGAAUUAGUUACUACUUCUACCACCUACCCAGUCACUUCUUCUGGUGUUCCAGCUCCAGUCACCACCACUAUCACUUCUGGUAGCCACACUGAAACCGAUGUCAUCUCUUACUACACCACUACCGACUCUGAAGGUGAAUUAGUUACCACUUCUACCACCUACCCAGUCACUUCUUCUGGUGUUCCAGCUCCAGUCACCACCACUAUCACUUCUGGCAGCCACACUGAAACCGAUGUCAUCUCUUACUACACCACUACCGACUCCGAAGGUGAAUUAGUUACCACUUCUACCACCUACCCAGUCACUUCUUCUGGUGUUCCAGCUCCAGUCACCACCACUAUCACUUCUGGCAGCCACACUGAAACCGAUGUCAUCUCUUACUACACCACUACCGACUCUGAAGGUGAAUUAGUUACCACUUCUACCACCUACCCAGUCACUUCUUCUGGUGUUCCAGCUCCAGUCACCACCACUAUCACUUCUGGCAGCCACACUGAAACCGAUGUCAUCUCUUACUACACCACUACCGACUCCGAAGGUGAAUUAGUUACCACUUCUACCACCUACCCAGUCACUUCUUCUGGUGUUCCAGCUCCAGUCACCACCACUAUCACUUCUGGCAGCCACACUGAAACCGAUGUCAUCUCUUACUACACCACUACCGACUCUGAAGGUGAAUUAGUUACCACUUCUACCACCUACCCAGUCACUUCUUCUGGUGUUCCAGCUCCAGUCACCACCACUAUCACUUCUGGCAGCCACACUGAAACCGAUGUCAUCUCUUACUACACCACUACCGACUCUGAAGGUGAAUUAGUUACCACUUCUACCACCUACCCAGUCACUUCUUCUGGUGUUCCAGCUCCAGUCACCACCACUAUCACUUCUGGCAGCCACACUGAAACCGAUGUCAUCUCUUACUACACCACUACCGACUCUGAAGGUGAAUUAGUUACCACUUCUACCACCUACCCAGUCACUUCUUCUGGUGUUCCAGCUCCAGUCACCACCACUAUCACUUCUGGCAGCCACACUGAAACCGAUGUCAUCUCUUACUACACCACUACCGACUCUGAAGGUGAAUUAGUUACCACUUCUACCACCUACCCAGUCACUUCUUCUGGUGUUCCAGCUCCAGUCACCACCACUAUUACUUCUGGCAGCCACACUGAAACCGAUGUCAUCUCUUACUACACCACUACCGACUCUGAAGGUGAAUUAGUUACCACUUCUACCACCUACCCAGUCACUUCUUCUGGUGUUCCAGCUCCAGUCACCACCACUAUCACUUCUGGUAGCCACACUGAAACCGAUGUCAUCUCUUACUACACCACUACCGACUCCGAAGGUGAAUUAGUUACCACUUCUACCACCUACCCAGUCACUUCUUCUGGUGUUCCAGCUCCAGUCACCACCACUAUCACUUCUGGUAGCCACACUGAAACCGAUGUCAUCUCUUACUACACCACUACCGACUCUGAAGGUGAAUUAGUUACCACUUCUACCACCUACCCAGUCACUUCUUCUGGUGUUCCAGCUCCAGUCACCACCACUAUCACUUCUGGCAGCCACACUGAAACCGAUGUCAUCUCUUACUACACCACUACCGACUCCGAAGGUGAAUUAGUUACCACUUCUACCACCUACCCAGUCACUUCUUCUGGUGUUCCAGCUCCAGUCACCACCACUAUCACUUCUGGCAGCCACACUGAAACCGAUGUCAUCUCUUACUACACCACUACCGACUCUGAAGGUGAAUUAGUUACCACUUCUACCACCUACCCAGUCACUUCUUCUGGUGUUCCAGCUCCAGUCACCACCACUAUCACUUCUGGUAGCCACACUGAAACCGAUGUCAUCUCUUACUACACCACUACCGACUCUGAAGGUGAAUUAGUUACCACUUCUACCACCUACCCAGUCACUUCUUCUGGUGUUCCAGCUCCAGUCACCACCACUAUCACUUCUGGCAGCCACACUGAAACCGAUGUCAUCUCUUACUACACCACUACCGACUCUGAAGGUGAAUUAGUUACCACUUCUACCACCUACCCAGUCACUUCUUCUGGUGUUCCAGCUCCAGUCACCACCACUAUCACUUCUGGCAGCCACACUGAAACCGAUGUCAUCUCUUACUACACCACUACCGACUCUGAAGGUGAAUUAGUUACCACUUCUACCACCUACCCAGUCACUUCUUCUGGUGUUCCAGCUCCAGUCACCACCACUAUCACUUCUGGCAGCCACACUGAAACCGAUGUCAUCUCUUACUACACCACUACCGACUCUGAAGGUGAAUUAGUUACCACUUCUACCACCUACCCAGUCACUUCUUCUGGUGUUCCAGCUCCAGUCACCACCACUAUCACUUCUGGCAGCCACACUGAAACCGAUGUCAUCUCUUACUACACCACUACCGACUCUGAAGGUGAAUUAGUUACCACUUCUACCACCUACCCAGUCACUUCUUCUGGUGUUCCAGCUCCAGUCACCACCACUAUCACUUCUGGCAGCCACACUGAAACCGAUGUCAUCUCUUACUACACCACUACCGACUCUGAAGGUGAAUUAGUUACCACUUCUACCACCUACCCAGUCACUUCUUCUGGUGUUCCAGCUCCAGUCACCACCACUAUCACUUCUGGCAGCCACACUGAAACCGAUGUCAUCUCUUACUACACCACUACCGACUCUGAAGGUGAAUUAGUUACCACUUCUACCACCUACCCAGUCACUUCUUCUGGUGUUCCAGCUCCAGUCACCACCACUAUUACUUCUGGCAGCCACACUGAAACCGAUGUCAUCUCUUACUACACCACUACCGACUCUGAAGGUGAAUUAGUUACCACUUCUACCACCUACCCAGUCACUUCUUCUGGUGUUCCAGCUCCAGUCACCACCACUAUCACUUCUGGCAGCCACACUGAAACCGAUGUCAUCUCUUACUACACCACUACCGACUCUGAAGGUGAAUUAGUUACCACUUCUACC